GGCGUGACAGACUAUCGCUGCGGGGGCGGCGGGGGAUUUUUGAAGUCUAGUGUGGCGCGAGCCGCUGCAGUGUUCGGUCCUUGUGUUGUGAUCAUCGUUUAAUGGUGCGGUGACGCAUUUUCUUCAUCUUCAUUAUCAUCAUUAUCAUCUUCUUUCUUUUUUUAUUUUUAAUCACUACACUGUGUUUCAGUCAUAAUAUUAGAAAUAUAUAGGGCUUGUGACGAAUUUGUGUGGCAGUGUGCUAAGUGUAAAAAAAAAGAAAAAAGAAGAAGGGGUUUGGAGAUCAAGGGCCAGAGAAUGAGCGCCAGAGAAGUUACCCUACUCGGCGGCUCCCCUUGGGGCUUCCGCAUGCAUGGCGGUCAUGACCUGCAUCAACCCCUUCGUAUCUCCAGGGUGAAUCCAGGAAGUAAAGCUGCUCAACAAGGUGUGAGAGAGGGUGAUUUGAUUAGCAGUAUCAACGGAAAAAAUACACGUGAACUCACAAAUAGUGAAUCUCACGCUCUUUUACGAAAUGCUGGCGAUCAUUUAAAACUUGGAUUAAAUCAGGAAAACGGUUCACCGAAAAGAAGAAUUUAUAAAAGUAGUCUUCAGGAAAGCAGUUCUAAUGAAACUUUAAAAAAAACCACAAAAACAAUCAAAUUAAACACGCGUAUAAUCACAGACGAACCGACAAAAAACGGAGUUGAUGACACAAAUAUCGAUAAAAAUCACGUUAAUCAAAACGGAGGAUUAAAAUCUUCGUCACCUGAUCAGCCAAGUAAUACUCCAAAAAAGUCAUCGAUAAUAAUAAUUGGAAAUCAAAAUUUGGAUUAUUUCACCGAUACUGAAGUUAAUAAUAAUAAUAAUAAUUUGAGAAUGCCUUGCGGCUCGCGCAACAGAAGGAACCGUCGAAAUCGAAAUCGGAAACGAUUUCAACGACCCCUGUCACCGCCGGAAGAAUGUUCAACAAGAGAGGACAACAAUGAUCAUUCAUCCAUAACGGAAGAAUCAAACGAUGAAAAUAAUGAAACAACUGAUAAUUUGGAUUUAGCUGAGGCAAAUAUUAAUGGAAAUGCAAUUAAAGUAACAACUGAGAAUCUCAAUGGACUUCCAUGUCAGGAUAAUAUGUCAAUAACAAGAUGGAGACCAAGAAGAAAUAGAUUUAAACUUGAAAAGAAAAUUCUUGAUACUGAAACAAAAAUAUGUGAAAUAACAACAAUCACUAAUUUACCAAUGGAAGCAAAAUUAGAUCAUAUACCCGGUGUGGGAAUAUUGGAAUUGGGAAAAAAUGAUGAUUUAACAACAAUGAUGACUGUAUCAGAGCCAUUAGAACAAAUGAAACCACUUUCGAAUAGUGUGACGAACAAGGUCGAGACCCUUGGCGAACGACAAUUUGAUCUUGCAAUUUUGGCAGACAAGAAGAACAGCCUCGAAAUCCAAGAGGUAAGCGACAGUGACAUCGAAAUUGAUAAUAGUAGACAUGCCAUUGUUGUUGAAGCUGAAUCUGAUGUUGAGCGAGAUCUUCUUUCUGAACGCUCAACAUCCGAGGAGUCCAGUUUUGAGAAACGUGAAAACGAAGAAGAAAUUGAAGCCAACAUGUCGAGGGAAGAUGAGAAAAAAUUGAGGAAUUUCCUCGAGGGACUGCAAUUACCUUCUUCUUCUUCUUCUUCUAUGCAAAAUUUAAUCAAAGAUGACAAAUGGGAUGUGGGAACGCAAAAGAAGGUUAAAAAAAGACCUGCUUUGGAAUCUUAUCCUUCACAAACUCAGGAAAUGAAUAAACUUUUUAUUAUUCAAGAAGAAGGGGAAAAAUUAUCUGAUGACGAACAAAGUAUCCGAGACUUUAUUAAUGAGGAAAUUGGCAAGUACCGACGAAAUGAUCAAACAAAAAGGCGAAAAUUGGAGGAAGAGAUCUAUUCCGAAGAUGCCAAGGCUUCUAAAAAUUGUUUACAAAUUUCUUCUGAUAGUUUAGAAGAUUUAGAUAAUUGUAAAAAUGAUGUUUCAAGAGGUGCUGAAAAUCCUAAUGAAAACGCUUUAGAAGAUUUAGCAGACGUCAAAGAAGAAGAUCCUAUUGAUGCUGUUCCAGAAGAAUUAAUAAAUUCCAAUAAAAAUAUUCCAAAAGAAGCAGAUAUCGCUAAAGAUGCAGAAAACUAUGAAGAAGAUACAAACAAUUCUAUACCUGCUGUAAUUUCUAAAGAGAAUUCAAAAAUUUUUAAAACAGAUGAAGAAGAUUCUAAAGAACAUGAUUACAAACAAGCUGCAGAAACUUCCAUACCUGAUGGUAUGGAAGAAGGAACAUCAAUUUCUAAAGAAAGUGAUAAAAACAUUAAAUCAGAGGAACAAAUUCCAAAACAAGAAACAAUUGACAAUAAUUUUCAUAGAGAAAAAUAUUUUCUAAAUUUAUCGAAAGAAAAUAAUUUUCCUCAUUGGCAAUGGAGACAGCAAAAUAUUAACGAUCCAAAAUAUCAUCGACCUGUGCAAAUUUUUACAUCCCUAAUUCAAGACAACAUUGUUAAUGAUAUGUAUGGAUCAAAACGUCCUCCAACACCUCCAAAACGUACCGUAAGUUUUGGCUCCGAACCAGAAAGACCACCAACACCAUCAGAAAUUGAUUAUCCUUUUAAUAUAACAGAAAUUCCUUCAUUUAGACAUUGUAAAUUCAAAUCAUCAUCUCCAAUUCAAAGAAAACAAAAUUUCUCCCAUCAAUUUUCUCCUGAAUCAUAUGAUUUUUAUGAAUUUCACUAUCCCGAUCUUAUUAGUUAUCUAGAUUUAAUUAAUUCUUCAACAAAUAGAGAAAAUUUUCACGCUAAACAAUGUUAUUUGGAAGAAAAUAAUAUUUCAAAACCAAAGGAAAAAUCAAAUUUGUAUUUUUUAUCACAACAAGAAUCAUUAAUUGAUCAUCAUGAACGUGUUCUUGAUGCUUAUAAAUCAACAAAUUUUUCCGAACAAAAAACAUUGGAUUUUGUUAGAACACUAUUAACUGUCUUAUCAAAUCAUGAGACAUCAAGACAAGACGUGCAGGAAGUACUUUUGAAUUUUGAUUUAAAACAACUUCCAUCCAACAUUCGCGAAAUUGUUGACGAUUUAAUGGCGCCAAGUCUUAGUGAUUCUAUCGAAAGUGAUAGUGUCAUGGAUUUAUGUAACGAUGGUAAAUUUGGCAGUGAUUCGAGCCUUGAAAUAGCUCACGAUGUGACGACGCUUGAAAAAUUCUCCGAAUUAUCCAAAUGGACCACGCCCUGUCCUAACAACGUCAAUGUAAAAUCAAGUGAGCCAGAACAUACUUCUUCCAUUAAGAAAGACAGUGAAGAUUGUGACGUUAAAAGUUAUUCUUUGCAUGAGGAUCAGUGCCAAACUCUGGAUCUUAACGAAAAGUCAGUUUUACACGAGAUAGAAGGAGCCAUUGAUUCGUCGAGUAAAAUUUUCGAACGUUCCGUAACGUUCAAUGAUAAAUUGACUGAGAAUUCUAAUAGCAGUCUCGAGGUCACAAUUCAAGAGGAACAGAUCAAAGAAAUUUGCAAUACAGAAGUGCCAGACAUUCAUUCCGGAAGUUUGAGUCCUGAUCAAGAUUCUACAAGUAGUUCUGCCACACCAAGUACUGCAAAAUAUAAUCCAAAAAGAUCAUCUCUUGAUAUUGAUGACAUUGAAGCUGAAGAAGAAAAGAAGGAAGAAAAAAAAUCACCUCAACCAAAGAGGAAGCUUACACUUUUAAAAACAUCGGCAGAAAUUAUUGAAUCUGAAUCACCACAACCAAUUCCUUAUUCACCAAUUGAGGAUUUGUAUUUUGUGCCUAUAAAUGAAAAAUAUGAUGCAUAUCGACCAGAUUUACUCAAAAAUUUAUGUAUCAAAAAAAUUUUAUCAAUGCCCUAUGGUUUGCAAAUCAUAAAUGAAAUUACACUUCCUAAGUUUAAUAUUUUUAAAAAUCUAAAUAACAUUCACGAACAUCUUGAGGAGUUAAAUUUGCAAAAUAAAAUUGAAAUUACAAAAAUGCAAAAGCCAAUGACAUGGAUGGGAGUUCCAACGAGUGAAAAUCCAAAUGUGUUAAUUUGUCUUUCACCAUCACAACAAGAAUCAGAAAUUCGUAAAGAUGCUGACAAAUUAUUGGAUCUUCAUACCAAAUUUAUUAACAGACGAAGUUAUUGGGACUGUCAACCACAAAAAUUGACACCUAUGAAUUACAAAAUAGAUCUAACACCAAGAAAAUUAGAGUCAUCAAUUAAUUGUAAAAUUCAUGAAGAUUCAGGUGCAAAUAGAUUAUUAAAUAUUAUUAAAGAAAAUCCAGUAUCCCGACCUAAGUUAUCAAAUUCUCAAGAUCGUUUGAGGGUUACACGAUUGAGUGAUUGGUUGAACCUUGCGAGGCGUGAUGCUGCUCAUAUCUCUCAAUGGACGCCAACAUGUGCGUCUGGUGUACUAUUAAUAGAAAACACAACGUCUACAACCAGUCAACACAAUUCUGAUAAGAUGUUUAAUACGAUGCCAUCGAUCAGUUGCAGUACGCAAAACAAAGUGGGCGGAUCAUUGAAAAUUAAUUUAAAUAAUGAAAAAAUUGAUAAACAAUCAAACAUAACAUUAAAUGAUACUAAUAUUGAAAAUGAUAUUGGUAAACGAUUAUGCGAAACUAGCCAUUACGUUAAUAGUGCUCUAAUAAUAAAAUCACCUGAGACAUCAUCUCGUAGUGUAACACCACUACCCAAAAGUCCAAUAUCAAUGAAUAGUGCAAUAAUUGAUAAAUCAUCGAAUCUAAAACAUGAUACUAAAAGAACUAAUAAUUCUAAAAUAAAUUACAAUUGUGAUGAGUCUCAAAAAAUUAAAAAUCCAAUUACUGUUGAUAGAUCUUGUAUAGAUACAACUAGCAUUUUUGAUAAAUCACCACCAAGAGGACAUUUAGAGUGUAGAAAAUAUCAAAAUUUAGAAAAUGUAAAAAUAAUCUCCGCUACGGAAAUAAUGGAAAAUUUAAAACAAUUACAAGCGAGUAUGAAGGAACAGCUACAGGGUCGUAAGAGAUAUUCUCUUCCUCAGGAAUAUUUUGACAAACAAUUGAGAUAUAUUGAAUUAUUGGAAAGUGAACUUUGUAAUGUGCUUUUGAGUGAGGAGGAGGACACAAAUGUUGAGAAAGUUAAUAAUGAUGGUUGUGAUAAAAUUUUUGAUAGUGAAAAUAAUGAACAUUAUCAAAAUGAUAAAGAUGAUAGAAACUUUGUACAGAAAACUACAAACCUUGUUGUUGUGGAAAAAAAUACAAACCAAACAGACAUGGAUAAGAGCAAUAUAAACGACAAAAUUCCUGAGGAUGGUAACGAUCUACCUGAUGAUUCUACCAUUAAAAUCAAUCAAAAUCAAACUAUCAAUAACGAAGAAAAUAAAAUAAGUGAUGGUAUAACUGACAAGGAAUCUUGGCACACAAAUCAUUCAAAUGAAUCGAAGGCAGUAGUAAAUGAAUCAUUAAGCAAAAUGUCAAACGAAGAUCAUAAGGAAACUAUAAUUGUGGAGCAUACAAUGUCAACUGAUAAAACAAUUAUUGAACAAGUGGAAACUAAUGAAACUAUAAUGAAAAAUAUUCAAAUUAAUACUAAAUCAAAUAAUGAAAAUCAUCAAAUUGUUUCAAAUAAUAUUGAAGAAGAAAUUUGCAAUGAAAAUAUUGAGAUACAAAAAUACAAAGAACAAUUAAAAUCAAUAGCAUCUGCAGUACCAACAAAUGGUGAGGUUUUUCGUAAACAAAUGUAUGACGAAUAUUUACAUAAAGUCCUUGAGAGAGAAGAGAGAAAACAUCAUAAAGUUAUAAAGAUAAGCUCCCAUCAAGAUAUUGAGACAAUAGAUAAGAAUGAAGAGGGGAACAAUAUGAGUUUAGUUGAAAAAGAAUUUAUAGCAAAAGCAAAGAAUAGAAUGAAUAAAUUUGGAAUUAAUCUUGAUGAUAGUGAUUCAGAUGAAUUUUGUAGUGGUGAUGGUGAUAAUUUUAGUGAAAGGGAGGAAGAUUUAAUGAAGGCCAAAUGUCUCGUUGAUGGAAGGGAGGUCAAGGACGCCAAAAGUCUUCCAAAACAUUUACAGGAGUUCCUGCAGCUGUCCAGCAAAAUUUCUGAGGAGAAGGAAAAGGAAGACGACGAAAGUGUCAUGUUUGCACCGACGUUCAAAGCUUCAUCUGCGAAGCCAGGUGUUUGGUCGCCGGGAAGUGAACCUCCACCGCCGCCAAAACAACCAAGUCCAGAUCGAAAUAAAGACGAAAAGGACUCAUCAAUAUCAGUUGUUUGGACACCAUCAAGUGCUGGACCAAGUCCUGUUCCUGAACGAAAGGAAUUCCGUUCAGUUCCAUUCGAAAGUCCUGUUUUGGGGAGAAAAAAUCAAUCCAUAAAACAGGAAGAAACGCCUCCACCUUGGGAAAGUGAGGCACAAAGAAAAGAAGCAUCAAACGCUCUUUCACAAAAUAUCACAUCUCGUAUCGUCAACUCUCACUCAGCUCCAUCUCAAGGGUUGAACACACUUGCCGGUGCACCUCGUUUACCUCGGGCGCAAAAUCCUACAAUCACGCUUCUACAGAAAGCCAGAGAGGGACAGUUGCCAAAAGGAGCUGCGUAUCUAGACGAGUGCCAGACAUUACCACGAAUCAAGAACGAGGAAGAGCCACUAAUUAGUCCCAGUGAAAUCAUUUAUACAUUAAAGAAAGAGUACGACAGCGAACCGGAAAUGAAUGUUAAUACAAGAAAGAAGAUGGCCGAUUCGAGUCCUCGAAAAUUCGACGGUAUUGGUCCAACUACAAGAGAAGGAGUUCCUCUUGUUUUGAGAUCCGAAGUUAAAGAAGACAAUCAAGCAAAAUGGUACAAAAGAAUGUACGAUUCCUUGCAUCGUGCCGAGAAAGAUGACGACUACGUAACGAUUCGCUACAAACCACGACGAGGUACAAGAUACGGUGGUAGCUCAAGUGGUUAUUUGAGUGAACCUGAACCACGUGGCUAUUCCGAAAGAUCUUCCACAUAUGAUAAUCGUCGACGAGUGCGCAAUAAGGAAAAUGAAUUCACCACCUCAACAAUGCCAAAAAAGAGCGCAGCUCUAAAGUGCGAAACAGACAUUUAUAAAAAUCAGCCUGGUCGCAUUGAGGAUUACGUACCUGGAAAAUCAUCAAUUGCAGAAAAGGAAACUAAAGAGUGGUGGGACGAGGUCAUGGACAUAUUUGACGGGUGGUUGGAUGAGAAUGGACUUCCAAAUGGUCAACAACAAUUGGAGAAAACUGCAACACGAUCAUUGAGUCUGUCUUAUCGUUCGGCGGACAAUUAUAAUCCAUUCGAUCAACGAAAUUGCCAAUCGUCAAGACCGUACAUGUCCCACGCAUUAAAAGAAUCUGGUUACGAAAGUGACUCAACGUUAAUAUUUCGUCGAAGAGAGGACGUUAAUUCUUUGAGUCCUUUGAGUCCCUUGGAACAAAGGUUAGCGUACAAAACAGUACAAAAAGGUGGAGACGUGCCUCUUCAUGGUUUUCGAAAACCUGCACCGGAACGCCCUAAAGACGACUCUGAGAUCGAGUAUUUCCCUAUUUCGCCAACUUUGACGCGGAUUCGAGUUCAUCGAAAAAAUCCCACAUUCCUGCUUUCAAAAUCGUCUAUGACAUUUGCUCGAUACAAAAGGACAACUCCUUCUAUGGCGACUAACUCUAUAAAAAAAUCUAUUUCUGAAAUUCAUUUUUCGGAUAGAAAACAACCAAUAAGAUUAUCCUCACUACAGGGAAAGCCUGCCUCAAGAGUGACAUCUCCAAUUCGACCUCCAUCACCGCCAAGAAGACAGUCCUCAAAAAAUAAUCAAACACUUCAAUUUUAUUCAAAAUUCACCACAUCUCAAACAUCAAAACGACACGAGCAGUGCUUUGCCGGCGAUAAAGUUUCCAGCAUCAGAGUUUUACGCGAGAGACUCAAUUCCAAUUUGGAGAACCAUAGAAAAGAUCGUGAAGAGGCACAUAAAAUUCGUUCAAUUAGAGCCACUUCUGCCAGUCCUUGUUCACGUGCAAGAAUCACUUCUCCUGAUUCACAAAAAAAAUCCGAAACUUCCUUCUCACGAAGUCUUGAUAGACUACGUCCUCGUGAGCCACAGGAGAGAAUUUUUCUACCCAGAAAAAUUUGUCAAAAUUCAAAGAAUUCUAAGACUACAAUUUGUCAUCAUAACGGUACAAAAAAUUUAAGCCCCGUGAAAAAGGACAUUCGACGAACUAAAAAAGAGCAAGACGAAUCCUGUAAAAGACUCAGUAGAUCAACUGCCGAUUUAUCUGAAUUCAAAAAACCCCUAAUGAAAAAAGAUUGUUUCAAAGAUAGUUCAACAGAAAUACAAAGAAGCCAAAGAAUUUCCCGGGGACGAGAUUUUGCAAUACAGAAAUAUUGCUCCCAAGACGGGAAAAGAGAUAUUUCACGAGAUUCAAAAGAAAUUCCAAAACAAAGUCAAAUUAAUUCAAAGUAUCAAUCCAUUAAGAACAGAUGCAAACAUUUGAAGGAUAAUUCCAAAGAUAUCAAAGAAAGUCGCAAACCUGGAAUUAUAUCCAAAACAACAGUGACAAAUUCUACUAAACCAAAAUCCAAAGUCUCCAUUUCAUCAAAAAUUUUACAAAAGUCCCAAGAAAGUCUCCAAAUAACGCCAGCAUCAUCUCCCCUAGCAAUUCGUAGAACCCUAUCAGAAUCACCAAAACUAAAAUUGACAAGAGAUUCUUCUCCAUCCUCGUCAAUUUCAAAAAUCACAUCCAGUGAUAAUUUGCGAAGGAAAAAAUUUCGCGAUAAAACUCAAACAAUCCAAAACUCAUCAAAACCCCUCACUUUGCUUAUAAAUCCCGAGGAAUCAAAAACAAUGAAACAGCAAAAGACAUCAAAGAAGGAAUUACUAAAAUCAAGAACUAAAAAAUCAAGAAAAAGCAGUUCAGAUGAGGAAAUUCCCACCUUAACUGUUGAUCAGAUAAAAAAGCAUCAGGAGGCAACAAGAUCUGAUACAUUCUUCCAAAGUCUUUUUCUUCGCGAUUUAUCGCCAACUCCAUCGCAAACAAGUACCUUGAGACGAACAGCCGUACAGGAAAAGGCGCGUAUCUUCCAAGAACUUCAAACAGAAAAUUUCAAAUCCGAACCCUCACUCAGAUCAUUAAAUAUUUACUUGUCCAAUAAACGACCAGUCUCCAAUUCAAGAUUCAAAAAUUGGGAACGCGAAAGUCUAUCAUCCAGAUGUUCGAGUCCCCGUGGUGGUGUUUUUUGGUCUGGUCGUUCCAUUUUCCAAAAAGUCAGCAAAUUCGACAGUUUAUUAGGUUCAGAGGAAUUUGGAUCUUCAGCCUCCUUACGUGGUAGAAGUCCCGAUUUAAUGCGAGACACAAAGGAGAGAAGUUUGAGUGAACCGCCUUUGAGAACAUUACCAGAACACAUUUCCCAUUCCCGUUCGCCUUCACCAUCUCCAUCGCCCUCUUCUCGAAGAAUUCGAAAUUUAAAACAAGAUUCUGAAAUUUCUAAAAAAAUUAGAACCCGAAGUGCAAGUGAUGUAGAAGAAUGUCAUCAUAAGAAAACUGUAUUUGGUUCAAAUUUCUCAUUGACUAGAAGUAGCAGUUCUCUAAACACACUUCCAACUGAUCGUGAAGAUUAUCAGCAAUACAUUCUUGAGAUGCUGCACUGUAGAAAAAAAUCUAGUCGCUAUAAGGAUUUACACGAUUUUUACUCCAGUUUAGAGAAAAUGGGAGAAUUAGAGAAAACAACAUCAACUGGUGAUCUUAGACCUAGAAUGAAGAACGAAGAGAUAAUUGAUUACGAUCGAUGGAAGGAGGUGCGUUCCAAAGAGAAAGCACAUCAGGAAUUAAAGGUACUUUACAAAAAAUUGUGUAACGUACAAAAGGAAAAAGAUUUCCUCUACAGUACUAAAGAUGUCGAUAGAUACAAAUGGAGAGGUGACUCAGGUCUCCGAUUAAAGGAAAGAUCAGUCGAAAAUAUUCGUGAACAAUUUAAAAAAUUGGCUAAUGAAGAAAGUGAACUGGAAGCAUCCAGACAGAGGGAGAUUGCGUCCAAGAAAGAUGUUUACAAACCCCUUUGGCGAGGAAAUUCUGUCGUGAAUGUAGCAAAUACAAUGGUGAAAAAAGCUACCGAUAAAGUAGAUACCGACAAGUCUAAUGUCUCUUGUACCCUACAGAAAAGUCUCGGUGGAAGUAAAAAAUUUUGGAGUAGCCUUUCAGUCGAACAAGUUAAUACCCUAAAGAAUCAAUUGAAUGAAAUUUAUGGCAGUGAUAAUCCUAAAAGUAAAUCCCAAAUCAAGAGUACUACUCCUAAGGAGAAAUUAAAUCCAAUGGAACAAAAUUACGAAAUUGUUGUUCCUCCCGAGGAAGUGGAACAAAAAGAUAAAAAGCUUCAUGUAAGAUGUCAUUCGAUGAUUGUCGAUAAGGAAGAGGCAACUUUUCCAAAAAAAAGAAGCGACUCCAUAAGUCGUGUUCGAAGUCUCGAAAGAUCUCAGUCAGAUCGUGUUACGCCUUCCUCAUUAACUGAGAUUGAGAAAAAGAAACUUUCCCUCACCUUAAGUAAAGAGGUAUUAAAUAAGGUUCAAAAAAGAUCAAUCAGUCCAAAAGAGACCCGAGGAGCAAUAGCAGUAGCUCAGUUAAAAAAAUCCCAACCAAAGGAAAAUUAUCUCCUUGUUUUGACACCUAAUAAUACAAAUUCCGAUAGUAUUCAAAGAGUGGAAAACGUCAUUGAUGAAUGGUCCAAAAAACCACCAAUACUUGCAAUGUCAUUGUCUGAUUCUUUGAAAGUACUUCCAUCGGCUAGUGAAUUUGACAGUGCAACUGAAAGUUCCGCGUCAUCAGUAAGAACAGUUGUUCAAAAAAUUGAAUCCGAACAUGUGCCAAGAAAAGUAGAAUUUUUUGAGAAUAUCAAACCAAAACUUUCAUCAUCGCAAAGUUUUGCCGAUUUAAAAGAACUCUUUGGCGAAGUUGAAUCUGCCAGAUAUAAAACUCAUAUCGAUGAAAUACAAUCACGGUCAACAUCACCACGACAUGGGGUGAUCACUAUCAAAGGAAGAAGUCCAUCCGCUUCGCCGGACAGUAGCACGCGACAAUUGCACGCUUGUUUAAGAGACCGUGAAUACGAAAGACCACGCAGUGUCAGUCCAUAUCGUGCUGGCACAUCAACCACAUCAUCGUGCAGUAUCGAGAGUCUUUGGUAUAGAAGCACAUCACCUGAUCCAGAGAAAUAUUGGCGUACCUAUUUAAAACUCGUGCGAAACGGUUCAGUGCGUAGGCUUCGUGAUAAAUUUGAAAGUCUUGAGGAUCUACGUGAGGGUCGUGCCAAAUUAAUAUUCACAAAACGCUAUCAAAGUGAUCCUGAAUUAGCACGCAAUCUAUUGAAAAAAGUCACUAUUAAACCACAAGAAAUUCCUGAUGUUGCUUGGCUAAGACGAAAAUAUGAAUUACCAAUUAGAGGAAGAGUUAGACGACGUGGAUAUUCACCACCAAUUCCACGUGUUCCACUAAGACUCGAGGAUUUAUCAAUGCCUCACAUUAAUGUUAUCAGUAAAAUGGCCGAACUAAAGGAUUCGUCAAACAUUGUCACUAGUAAUUCCAUUGCUCGUAAGGAGGAGACAAGGGAAUUAAAGGCAAAACGUCCCGUUGGUAGGGUAAGGGAAAAAUUUGAAAAAUUUGAUAAGACCUCAUUGUUAGGUGAGAUGUUCACUUCAACGCCCAGUGUUCAUGAAUUAAGAGACAUUGCACCCUAUUUAGCCGGUAGGUGGGUGGCUCACAAGUAUCCCAGUCGACGGGAUAAUGCAAGAUCAUUGUCAUCGCCUCCUGAUCUUGAAUCUAAUGAACGAUCUCAUUCAACUAAGGAAGUUGGAGCAUUGUCAGACGCAAGUUCCAUUACACCACCAAGAAGAAGGAGAAGAAUUGAAAAACCAAGAGCCACUUCCUCAUCACCAGUGAGACCAAGAACGCCUGUUUCAAUUUUAAAACAUCCUCCUCACGAUGAUAUUUUUGCUAAUCAACCAUUUGAUCCAAGUAAACAUAGACCAAGGUACAGAUAUCAGCCACCACCACCGCCACCAUCGCCAACAUUUCGACGUGAUUCACGACCAUGGUGGCCACCAUUACCAACAUAUACUGCAAGACCUACAGUUACAUUUGAAGAGUACUCGAUCGCACCACCACCACCACCGCCUAAAGCCCAGCACUACAGAAGCGAUUUUCAAGAAUCACCGAGGAGAUAUGUGGAAGGAGAGGUGACAAUUCACUAUCGAUCUCCAGUUCGUACAGAAACUAAAGAGAUCCUGAGCGAGGAGGAGCUGGCUCGUAGAAGUGCGGAAAAUAUGCGCCGAGUGUAUCAGGAGGAAAGACGUCGGAAAUAUCUUCAGGAACUUCACGACAUUGAUUCACGUCGUCAUACAGACAAUUUUAUACCUUCUCAGAAGUCCCCGAUAUCACUGAACAGAUACGAUGAUUUUCUUGACGACCUUAGCUACAGAAGCAGAUCCCAGGAGCAAACACCGGAACCACGAUUGGUGGCAAGGGCUCUUUACAAUUUUAUUGGCCAAUCUCCACGAGAGUUGACUUUCCGUAGAGGAGAUCUUAUUUUUGUCAGACGUCAAGUAGAUAAAAAUUGGUAUGAGGGAGAGCACAAUGCAAUGCUCGGACUUUUUCCAUUCAAUUACGUUGAGAUCCUUCCAUUUGAUGGAAUUAGGACAACGCCAAAGAAACCCUACGAAGGACAGGCACGAGCCAAAUUCAAUUUUAUCGCUCAGACUAAUCUGGAAUUAUCGUUGGCAAAAGGAGAAUUAGUGGUUUUAACGAGAAGAGUUGAUGAAAAUUGGUACGAAGGACGUAUUGGAAAUAGAAAAGGAAUUUUUCCUAUUUCUUAUGUUGAUGUUAUCAUCGAGCCAGGACACAGGCCAGAAACACCUGUUCAAAGUAAACCUAUUGCAUCGCCAGCAGCUCAUAGUUUAUUAUCGAAUGGUACAUCGAGCGGAAAAAUGAGCAUGGGUCCUCAUCAUUAUACACCUUCAAUACCAAUUAAUACCAAUUCUUCCCAACCACAUUAUAAUUCACUUCCACGAUUGGGUGGAGGUAAAUUACAUGUUGCGCCUGUCAAUGAAACAUUACACAUCGACACUCAUUCAGAACCAAUGGCAUACCGAGCGUUAUACAACUAUAGACCGCAAAAUGAAGAUGAAUUGGAACUAAAAGAAGGAGAUACUGUUUAUGUGAUGGAAAAAUGUGACGAUGGCUGGUACGUGGGUUCUAGUCAGCGUACCGGAUACUUUGGAACAUUUCCCGGAAACUACGUGGAGAGAUUGUGAGGACGGCUAAAAUCUCGAGAUCUCGAACGAGCCAAAAGAUCGUAAGGAAGAGCUCGCUAAAACGUCGAACUAUCUUUCUCAAAAUGUAUCUAAUUGAAAAAUAACAAAUCCAAGAAUUUUUUUUAAAUACAUUUAAAAAAAAGACACUUUUUUGAAACGUUUUUAAAAAAAAUGUUUUUAAGAAAGUUUUUUUUUGAAAGAAUAAAGAUUAAGACAUCUUUUGAAAUCUUUUUUUUAUAGCUAUAUGGAGAAGCUAUUUGCAUAUUUUUUAAAAAUACACCAGUCUUCCUGCGAUCAUUGUCACGUCAAUCGCGACCAGAUCAAUUCGUUAAAUUGACAAAUGUUUUUUGUCUUUCUGACGUAUCAUCUACCAAAUAUAAAUUUUAAGGUAACAUGUAAGUAGUGUACAUUAACGUUUAUUAAUUUAUUAUUGUUAUAUCAAUUUUGCAAUUGUACAUCCACAAUAUAUACUACUUUCCUCGCAAAAAGGGCCUACCAAAAAAAAAAAAAAAUUAAUAAUAAUUCCAGAGCGCAUUAAUAAACUAUUUAUCCAAUUUUUUAUUUAUUUUUUAUUUAAUCUGAGAAAUUUUUAUGACUUCCAUUCAAGAGAAUUUUUUUGUCACCUGUAACGUGUACAAAUUACACGCUUUUUAAAAUUUUUUAAAAAUGAUUUCAAGAUUAAACUUCUUGUGGUAUGUUGCUUAAUAAAUAGCAUAUUUCGUUGAAGUGAAAUCUUAAUUAUAUAGUUACCGAAAUAAUUUUAGAAAUAAAUAAAAUAAUGCACCAUCAAUUUUAUUAUUGAGCCUUCUGAAAUUCAUAUUUUUGUAAACAUUAUUUAUACCUAGUAUUUAAAAAAAAAUUACGAACGAUUUAAGACCUAAGGUCUGCGAAUUAUAUACAUAUUACAAUAACUAAUUUAAUAUUUAUACAUAAAAAAUCUUAUUAAUUAUAUUAAAAAAAAUCGGAUUAACUAUAUAAUAUAAAACAUUUAUUAUAUAUAAAAAGAAAGCAAUUAUAUAGAAAACAUUUAUUAUAAAAAUAAAUAUUAUUUAAAACAUCUAUUACAUAUAUAAAAAAAAAACAUUUAUUAUAAAAACUAUUAUAUAAAAUACAUUUAAUAUACAGAAAACAUUUAUUAUAUAUAAAACAAUUUAUUAUGUAUAAAAAAAUAUUAUUAUUAUUAUGUAAAAAUAAUUAUUGUGUAUAAAAAUUGAUUGCAUAGUUUAAAUGAAAUGUAACCACAUUUUUUUAUGACGAAAAAAAAACCACUAUUUCUUGAGAUAUUUUAUUUUAUUAUUAAAAUACUUUCUCAAGAUAAUAAUUUAAAAUUCAGAUCGAUUUUUUGAUUUUAAUCUACAAACAAUUAUUUAAUUAAAUAAAUGCAAAGAUUUAGUGCUGUUAAAAAUUUAAAUAAUUUUAAAAAUAAUUUCAAAUUCACCGUGUUUUAAAAUAAUGGCGUCAAUAUGGACGCAGUUCAAAAAUGAGACAAUACUAAAAAUAAAUGCUAGAUAUUUAUCGUUAAAACUGUUAUUGCAGCUAGAAUAAAAAUUGUUAGUCAAAUGGCUAUUCUUAAAAUGAAGGGCAUUAAAAUCUCUAUAAUGAAACCAGCACAUCUUUUAAGAAUUUUUUAAAUUCACAUUUUUUCUAGUCAGCAAUUCUUCUGACUGGCUUUACACUAUUUAUAUCCACUUUUUCCAACAACGUAUAUGUAUAUUGAAAAUAAAACAUAAUGCCAUUAUAAAUCCACAUAUCCAUCCUGAUAUCAAUAAAAAUAUUUCCUGGUAAAAAAGAAGAAAAAAAAACAAUAAAAUAAAAAUUUUUUUCUCUUUUGUCAGGUUUAACUAAGCGCUCUGUUAAAAAAGAAAUAAUUGCGUGUGGCCUAUUAAUCAUAUGGCGAGGAAGAAACGAAUGAUAAAAAUUCUAUUAUAACUAUAAGCGACUGUUUUUAGAUUAUAAGAAACGAAAAAAAAUCGCUGGCAAGUUAAAUUUUUGUGAAUAAUCGUCGCCUUGUUCGGCCAAUUUGUUUUUCUUUUUAUGCUAUUUUUUUAAACGUAGGAAAACUUGUAUGAUCGAAUGGCCAUAGAUUUACAGUCUGAAAGUUUUGGUUUUUAUUUUCUAUUGUCCUGAAUCUUUGUGUUGCAUUAGUUUUGCAUAAAUAUUGUUUUUUUUCUGUUUCUUUAUUUUAGCACUAACGAUGUCAGUAUGCAUUGUACACUUCGAGUAAAAAUAAAACCUAUAGUCUACUAUGUUCUCAA